AUGCCCAACCUGCCCCCAGCUCGCAGCUUCGCCCGGUUCUUCCUCUUCCCUGUCGGCAUGGCCCUCGCCGGCCUUUUCGGCGUAUUCUGUCUUCUUUCGUCUGGGUCCGCGCCGCGAGAGGCAUCCAUGAUGAGUGCCACCACCAUCACCACCACCAUCAACACCGCCACCGCCGCCUUCACCGGCAGCAUCCGACCACUCAAGCUCGCGUACCUCAUUCUGGUCCACACGCCCGACUCUGUGCGGGCCUCGCAACGUCUAAUGACCGCGAUCUGGCGGCCGGACUUCUACUAUCUCUACGUUGUGGACCAAGAAAUGAGCGACCAGGGGCGCCGGGCGCUGGCCGAGUAUCUGGCCUCGCCCGAUGCCGCGGUGUUCCGAGCCCGCGGGAACGUGCGGGUCAUGCAGGCCAACGUGCGUGCCGGGUGGGGUUCGAUGGGCCUGGUGCAGAACGAGCUGGACGGGCUGGCCGGGCUGGUGCGGGCCCACGACGACUGGGACUACGCGCUUGCCGUGUCGGGCGACACCUACCCGCUGGUCAGCCAGGAGCGGCUGGUCGAGCGGCUGGCCUACUGGCGCCGGCGCGGGGCCAACUUCGUGUGCGACGACGGCAAGAAGCCCCAGCGCAACCAACACGUUCAGGCACACAAGUCCGCCCGGCUGGCCAAAGUGGCCUGGCCCACGGGUGUCACCGAGCCCGACCAGUUCGGAUCGCAGUGGUUUACGCUGACGCGCGAGUUUGUCGAGUACACGCUGACCUCGACCUUUGCACGCAACGUGCUGAUGGCCAUGGCCCAGGUGGAGAUCCCGGACGAGUCCUUCUUCCAAGUCCUCCUCAUGAACAGCCACUUCAACAACACCGUGGGCCUCGUUCCGCCAGCUCCCACCAGCCAGAUCUGUCGGUACAUCACCUGGGACAAGUGCAACUAUGAGAAGAAGGGCAUACACAUGUGGCCGUGCUUCUUCGGCCCCAAGGACUUCGCGGCGAUGACCGCUUCGGACUGCGUCUUCACACGAAAGCUGCACCCGGACGUCUCGGGAGACCUCUACGACAUGCUGGACCAGCACAUGGCCACCGCCGUCUGA